AUGCUUGACCACGUUACACCCUUCCUUACAGCAAGCAACGUUCAGACGGUCAACAACCUCAUCAGCAAUGGCAACAACCUCUUAACGGCUCAAAUGGUCAACAAUACAGAGGCACUCAUCUCCACCGGUAGCCAAUUCCUCUCUGGCCAGACAGUACUCAACAAAACCGAAGCAUUAAUUUCCAUUGCGCUCAAGUUCUUGACCGACGAAACGAUUAAUCAAAGCAGGGUGUUGAUCCAAAAUGGAAACGGCCUUCUGACAUCUGAUUCAGCAUCGCCAACAGACAGCUUGGUUGAUAAUCUAGCGAGCCUCCUUACCCAGCAGAUUCUCUAUGAGGUUGAGAGUCUAUUGAACAUGGUACAAACUCUUCUCACAGCAGAGUUUGCCAAUGCAACAGGCACUUUAAUCGACACGAUAGCGCCGGCAGUAACACCCGAAUUCCUUAAACAAGUGGCCACUCUCCUAGAUAAUGCAAGGCAACUCCUUCACUGA